CCAACAUUGAGCACUUUCUGCGAAGGGUGCAAAUUACCUCUUAAAGGGUGCACUCAAGCGAAACUAAAUUCGCUCAGUAGGAAGGGCGUGUGCAGAGACAUGGUCGCCAUGGAGCGUGAAACUUGUCCUCACGCGCCGUCUCAGGGGAACUUGGAGAAGACCGUCACAGAUAUUCAUCCAAGGCAACACAUCGCAGCCUACGGUCGUUAUUCUCACCAGGAGUCUUGCCAGGUUCGAGAAGGAGGGAAUGUUCAUGGUGAUGCGCGCUUUGUCAUGAGUGACGAGGACGGGAAAAGCUUGGAUUGCAACGAGGAACUUGGGGACGCGCUGGAGACAACCUUGGGAGUUGAGAACCGCCCCCCUACUUUCUCAAACGACCGACCUGGCAUCCGAUCCGAGCCGCAAACUCAUCCAUUCCAGCACCUACAGCGGUUCCCACCUCAGCCCCAGCGCGUCUCUGACUGUAUUCCGCCGCCACUGAACAUGGCCAAGGUACCCAAGUUCUCGGAGCACUGUGGCCGGACCAGUGUUACCCGUAUUACCUCAGGUCAUCCUCCGCCCCCUCCCCCGCCGCCCCGCACGGCCUUUGGACGGACACAGAGCCUUCCUAGCCUCUCCAAGCCACCCCCUCCGCCCCCUCCCCACCUGCUUCGGCAGCGGUCGUACUCCUCCCUCUCCCGGCCCUACCGGUCACGAACGGGCCAAUUCCUCUCCCAGCACUUGGACGCAGUGGACGAAUCCGACCCGGAGGACGUGGCGGAGAUGGUCUUGAACAUGCACAUCCAGGAACGGGACUAUUACGCUCCUCCCUGGGCCUAUUUCUGCCGCCUGGAGAAGGACCCGGUGCUUGCCUACUGGCGGCGCGGCGCGUUCCAAUGGUUCUCGCGUGUCGUCCAACACAUGCUGGGGAACCGGGAGAUAAUCCCAAUGGCCACGAAUUUCCUGGACCGGUAUUUGGCGGCGUCGCUGUACCCACACUUGACGGGGCCGUACGCGGCUUCGCACCCGAGUCCCGUCGCUCCCUGGGCACCGAUGUCGGGGGAGGGCCUCGAGACGGAGGGCGAGUGCUCGCCGGCUCUGGGCGUCGGGCAUGGGUGGGAAGGGCAGGAGAACUUCGGCCGCGUCUUGUCCGCCGCCUCCCCCAGCCUGGGACAACUGGAUGGAAGCGACGAGGUGCCCGUGCCGGCCGUCCUGGCGGACGAGCGCACCUUUGAGAAAGUGGCUGUCUGUGCGCUGAUCCUUGCCUUGAAAAUGCAACAGGGGGACAGCACGAUGAAUGUGGCGCGAAAGUUGACGAAUCUGACCAGUGCCUGUCAUCUGAGCCAGGGUGCCUUUUUCGGAUGA